AUGGUGGACUCACGCGGUAGACCCUUACCGAGACAGUUGCUACGCGUACAGAGAUCGCAACCGGAAGAAGGAGUGCUUCGUACAGAGCUGAGAUUUGUCGUAUAUCAACAGAAGAAUGAAUUGGAUGAGAACAAUUCUGAGGUGAUUUUAACACUGCGAAUUCUGUUAUUUAUGGAGCGACUUGAAUUGCAGUCACGAGUCGUGAUUCAAGCGCUUGAAGCACUUCUCAAAAAAUUCUCAGAACUAAACGAUGACCCAAGCAAGAACAGGAGUGCUUUCAUGAUGAAGGACACUAAAGUGGACGAUUGGAGCACACUAGCCGAGAAGCGCCUUAAGUCGCUGAGUGCACGACUGAGCACGUUGGAGCAUAGCGCAUCGCAGAUUGCACCCGAAAUUGCAAACUUCCAAGCACAACUGCAAUCGUUACUCGAAGAAUUUGAUGAACGAAAGAGAGCUGGUCAAAGUCCAUCGCUGGCUAUCGAUAAAAACUUCAGAGAGAGGCUGUUGAAAUUGAGGGAUUCAGUGGCAAGAACCGCAAUUUAUGCAUCUAAUAGAGAGGUGGUCUGCUCAUGA